AUGGCUGGACUGGGCCUACCUACGCAGAAACAGUACCCACAGCUACCUGUCUCACAAUUGACCAACAGGGUUGAAGCUAGCUCAAGCUCGACUGACAAGAAUGUCUCAGCGUUCGUUCUCAGCAUCUUCAGCGAGUGCGAUGAUACCUUCGAGGCGUACCAUCUUGUCAGCGGCCGACAACGGAAAGGAUUCAUCAUCGACCCUGGAGCAGCUUCUGGCAUCUGUGGCACUGACACGUUGCUGCAGCACAAUGGCAAGGACACGCAGAACUACACGAUCACCCCAGGCUCAGGCAAUUUCACUGGCAUCAACGGCAGACCUACCACAGGACUGGGACACGUGGCGCAGAAGGCUCAGCGCUCCCGUGUGGAACUGUCCAUUGACAGCGACCCUUCGGACGUUCACGUGGUCAGUGUACUUCUCACGUAUAGCAAUCACUACUUGCUUCUAACGAACGAUCCUGCAGGCCAGCAGCGCGAAGAACCAGCAGUUUCAGCUCAAGUAGUCGAGAUGCUGAUGCACAUGGUCUACAUGGAGGACACCUUCCCUGACUAUCUCACCAGCGAGAACGUGGCGUGGCUGAAGCAGAGAUACAAAGACACCCCUAAGGAGUUCUACACCGAGACAGGCUACGAGGUCGUAGCUCCAACCAACUUCGACAAGUCCAGGCUCACAGUGCUCUUUCCUGUUGGUUACCGCUACGGCUGGGACCUCAUGAAUCCCGAGCAUCGCAAGAUGUUGAGUAAGGUCCAGGCCGUUUUCAAGCCCAUCGUGAAGCUGUCUGCGCCAGAUUGCAGAAUGUGGACGGCCAUGAGUAAUAAGCGAGGAGCUGGAGUUGCGGCAGCAGAACGGCAAGCAGAGUUUCCUAAAUUGGAAAGGCUGCAUCGUGAUAAUGUCGUUCAGGAUCGAGACAGACACGGCUACAUUAACCAGAAUGACCUACGCUCCCAGCUCUGGACGCAGUCACCAUUGAAGCAAAAUCAAGACAUCGCCAGCAACAGAACUCGACGAGUUGACGGAUGUGCUCAGGGCUGUGUCAUACAGCUGAGGAAGACCAUCCGACGAUGCCCUGGUCAUGGAGUUCAGCGACAUGCAAUGAUCGAGGGCUCUGCGCCCGGCUCGGGUUCCAAGACUGUAGCACUGACUACCGUGUACACUCGCACGAUGUGCCGGGCACUCAUCAGCAACAUCGCCUCCUUCGCGCGCAAGUCCACUUGCGCCCUGAUGUUCGCUGCGCUCGUCCGAACGCAGAAGCAGUGCGAGUUCAGCUACUACACCCUCAGGCGACGGCACCUCGGCUCGGCAGCGACGGUGCGGCGGCAUACGACAUCACUACGGUCGCAGACGGCUUUCUUGAACCUGGACAAUGGCGUGGAUUUCAUAGCACUACUACCAGCGGGCACCGCUGGUCAGCUCUGGCCUCGGUCGGGCCUGGCGUUGAGGCAAUGUCUCGGCAUCAAUGGAGGAGUUAUUGACGCUGACUACAGAGGCGAACUCAUCGUGAUACUGGAAAAUCGUGGCAAGUCUCGCUUUGCAUGCCAAAGUGGUGACAGGAUCGCUCAGCUCAUGAUCGUGCAGAGCCACACUCCACCUGUGCAGCUUGAGGACCACAUCGACGACGGCGAAACAGGACGAGGCAAAAACGGCUUCGGCAGCACUGGACUACAUGCGCAGCAGAUGGCCUGGAAACUGCAAGCUGGCACCCAAGGCAGAUCCCAAGCGGACUUUGACACGACCAGUGGCCAAGAUACCUUCAGCGAUGGCAAAGGCUACGACGGCAGCAGCAUGAAGGUGGCCUAUGACCGGCUACGGCGAGUCAAGGUGGGCGACUUCACCACGAACAUUCACGAGCAGCUGAAGAAUAUUGACCAACUAUGGAUGGCUCGUAUCUUGGCAGAUUUAGCCGGACAGCACACAGGCAUACUCACGGCGCCCAACACUCAGCAGCAGCUCAACGUAGGCGACGACGCCGACGGCAUUGUUCAGAUACUGAUCGAGCUGCUGAGGCCAUUGAUGGACGUCGACUCACUACACAUCACAUUCCAGCCGAACAGCUUGGAAACAUCCAACACCACCUCGAUAGACGACAGCCCAUUUCGCAUCGUCUCUCUCGGCGCGGACAUCGACAAAUGGGAGUCUCCGGCACUGGAACGGCUUGACGGACUCACACCAGCACAGCAACAUCAUGGCAUUCGCGACCAUAAAUGGCUCAUUGCCGCUCAAGGACAUGCGCCACCACCUACUAUGGAAGAAGAUGCUGAACGGAGGAUCCUACCGCGACUCAAGCUCACCACCGCACCACCGAGCUUCGACUUCGCCAAACUACGUCAGCAGCUCCAGGAGACGGAAUAUGAUGCCGCCCGCUUUCGCUUGCUGAAGGGCCUUCAUGAACGACUUUGGCACGAACAGUUUCCAAGCAUGGAGAAGUUCUUGAGGCGACUUGGUGUGCCGGACAGGUGCUUGGAGCUGGCUCAGCAAGUGCUUGCAGCAUGCGAGCAGUGCAACGACUGGCCACCUAUAGCCAGCAAGCCCAAGUAUCGAGCAGAGCUCGCAGGGUGGUUCGGCGACUUCAUGGCGUGCGACCUCUUCUUCAUAUUCGGCAAGACCUUCCUGCUCAUGGUGGGCGAGGCUAUUGGAUGGAACAUUGCGCAGGUGUUGCCCAAGGACGCGUUCCACAUUGCACAAGCAAUGUUACGAACUUGGUUUCGAUACUUUGGACCACCCAAGUGCAUCAAGUUCGACCAAGAAGGCGGAGUUCGCUCAGAUGACUUUGCACCUACAAUCACCGGGCUGGCAGAAAAACGCAGUCUCAUCAAGACAUCCGCUUUGGAAUGCAAGGCUAGUGUGGCCAAGCAAAGACUUGCGGUUCCCGACGAGGACAUAAUGUUCGAGCGCACGAUGUGCCAGAACUGUAUGCUUGAAUACGGCGGCUGCACUCCAUCUCAGUGUCUACACGGACAGAAUCCUCGAGGCUUCUUUGAUCACGGCUCCAACUCCACUCUUUCCAUAGACGGCGCUCGUGACUCUACUCCCAACACCUUGAAGUCAUGCCUCAGGCUCAGGAUGAUGGCCCAGACGGCGUUUCAGAAGGCAGUCAUCGAACAGCGCAUCGCAGAGGCAAACAACACCAGAGUGCAAAUCCGCUCGGACGUGGCAAAGCUACGACAUUUGCAGGACUUCGUCGACCUGUAUCGAGUUCCUGAUCGUAAGGAUGCACCUGGAUGGAAGGCCGCACCAGCCGUCACGAUCACUGUUGGAAUGGUUCACGAUGCCAACGGCAUGCAGACUGUGGUGCCGGAUGACUUGGAAGUCGAUACUCCUGAGGUCUUUCGACUGGCCUCUCAAGUUGGCGAGGUCUUGUUGCAGGUAUCGGCUCCCAGAGCCAUCAGGUUCGGCACUCAGCUACCCAACAUCGACACCUACCACGGCAUCAAACGAGGAGUUAUCCUAGCAUGGAUUCGGCGAGAUCGGCUCAUUUAUCAAGUGCGACAAGUGGAUCUGGGAAAUACUCUGCGACUGGCCACCAUCUUGCCAGACACGCCGAGCAACUACUAUUUCAUCAUCUACGUAUCAGACCAAUACGAGGAAGUUACAGUUCAGGACGCGCUGCCAGAUUUGCCGGACAUCUCCAGCAUCGAGCAGAUUGAUGACGCGCCCUGGACUGCUCCUACGCAAUUUCUACCAUCACCACCUCCGACAGAAUGGUGGAAACCGCCAGGUCAGGCGCAUCUAUCCUGGCGCCACCUGCACCUCCUCGACCUCCUGAUGAUCGUCCAGGUCGACCAGUGCCAGAAGGUGAGCAAAAGCGAACUUUGGCGGCAGAUCACGACAUCAAAAUGUCGGAUGAGGAGUUCGUUCCGCGAGGUCCGGCACCACGUCGAGCUACCACCUCACCUCGGGCUUCAACACCGUUUCGGCAGAUACCCACGGUACCGAUGUUUCCAGCACCUCAGGCUCCAGCUUCACCGGACUGGGAGCAAAUGGCGCUUCCCGACUCACCUGUCGGCAUGGACGCCUCUCGCUGAGAACCAGCAGCAUCUGGGCAGCCACCAGCUGUACCAGACGCAAGAGCUCGGGAACAUGAUGGCCACCGAUCUCGGACCCAGACAUCAAUCCUGA